AUGGCUUCACCGCUUACGCCUGGAGGCGGGUUCAUCAAUGGAGCGGGGAGCCAGGAGGAGUCACUCUGCAUGAGAUGUACCUUGCUUCCAUCCCUCAAGGAUGAGUGGUACCGGCUCCCAGAGCUUGGCGCGAUAUACACUCCCGACGUUCUGGUUUUCCGAGGUGAAAACUCCGAUGAAGUGCUGGAGAAGAAGGAACGCUGGUUCGUCGACUGCAUUAGUGCUGCGAUGCUGCGGAAUCCAGAGACAGAUCGAGACGAAUCAACGGGAUUCAGCCACUACGUCAAUGACACGGACCGCCAACUCACUCUGGAGAAGAUGAAGAUGGUUUUACGCAUUUGUCAGGCCAAGGGUGUGAACAAGGUGGUUCUCGGGGCUUGGGGUUGCGGCGCCUUUGGCAAUCCAGUCGGGGAGGUUGCUUCGGCUUGGAAGAAGGUGCUCCUCCCUCGAAAUGACAGCAAGGGAAAGAAGAAGGGCAACAAGGAAACUUGGAAUGACAUCGAUAAAGUCAUUUUUGCCAUCAAGGACGCCGGUAUGGCAGAUGCAUUUGAGGCGGCGUUUGGCAAGGGGUUGACGAGGGAGGAAGCCGACGAAUCAGGGGACGAGGAUGAGAGUGAAGUCGACCCUGAAGAGGCGAAUAGGGCCGAGCUUCGGGAGCGGAUACAUGAAUUGGAAGAGCGCAUCGAAAAGACCGCCAACCCACAACUCAAAGAAGGAUUAAGGGGGAUACUUGCGGGGCUGGUAGGCCAAUUGCCUCCACAGGAGAAAGGGAACGCAGCCGACGAGGUCUCCGAAGAGGAGUCCGAAGAGAAAGAAGAUUAA